AAUGGAAUUUUUCAUGGAACUGAAACCGGGUUCCACUAUAUGAAAUAGGCCCCUGAACUGUUAACAAAUUACCUAAUGUUUCAGUCAGAUUAUAGCAGUUAAAAAAGCAAAUAAUUUUUUGGCAAAAAUAAAAGGCUUUGCAAAUAACAUGUUUUAUAUCCCAUUAUUUUAGUAUAAUAAUGUGCAAAUUUGAAGAAGCGCCACUUUACCGAAUAUCUAACUUGUGAACAUUUAUUAUUUCUUUCGGUAAUGUAAUGUAUAUUUAUAAAUACUGUAAAAGACCUACAUAUAUGCACACAUUUAAAGUGAACAUAAAGGUUAUUAAAAAAAAAUUACGUCAAUUGAAAUGAGAUGUAGGUAGAAAUUGCAUAAACAUUGUGGAGCGUAAAAAAUGAAGAAACGAUGAAAGCAGCGCAAGCAGUUUUACCAACAAAAUCCAGGACAUAAAAUGCAAAGAAAAGUAUUGACGUUGGAAUCGUCUUCAUACAGCGCACCGAAGGGAAGUGAAAAGAAUGAGGCAGUCAUCAAGCUUCUGCCAUCUGCGACUUAUGUCUUUGAUAACCUUUGGAUUGGUACUUGGCUCGCAAGUUCACCUACUGU